AUGGGGAAAGAUAUUUGUGACUGGGAGAUAUUUGUGAGCAACUGUAGUGGGUACCCCAUGGUGACUACAUUUGUACCUCGUCAUAAGUGCAAAUUCAGGCAUAAGAAUAAGAGUGUAACAUAUGGCCUUGCUGGUCACAACCAGAGGAAGUGCCCCUUCAUUGAUCCUAUAGAAGGGGUUGUAGACCUUGGCAGCAAUGAGGAUGACCUUUCUGAUGUGGUACAACUUAAUGUGAAGACAGUCGCACCAGAAAAUUCAAAAUCUAUUAUGAUGCCUUUAUUGCCUGUAAGUGUACUUUAA